UUAGCAUGUACAUUUUAAUCAUGGAAAAGAAAUUUUUAUUCUGUGAAACUACUCUACGUAAAAAUUCAACAGGAACAAAAAUGUCAAAAACGCUAGUUUCAUUGAUAAUACAGGGCGGAUUUAGCAAUUUUCUCCAUGAAAAUAUUCAAUAUCGUUUUAUUCACUAACGUUUUAAAAAUUAGAAAAAGACGAAAGGUAAGUUGAAUCGAGACGAAAGUUAAUCUACAUUGGUGGAAAUAGGCAUAAUAAUGCAAAGGUUGACGACACUGGCUUUCAUAAGUUUUUCUAUCUACAUACCAUGGUCCUAUAAACAUGAUAAAAGUCAGGAAAAAGCAUUUCAAAAAGCAGGGAAUAUUUUUAUGUAUCAAGAAAGGAUAAUGUACAGUAUUUCUCUUCUUUUACUUGUUCUGAGUAUACAGACAGAUGGAUUUUCGGAAGAUGUGUGUAAUUACAAGUUUAAAGAAAAACAGCCUAAGGAUAAAAAUGAUCAUGACAUAAUUGAAUACAAUUCUAUGUAUCUUAAUUAUUGUACUGCUGAAGAAGUUCCUUAUUAUGAGAGUUACGAUGUAUUUUGGGAUACCAUGGAAGAAAGAGAUACACAUAAUUCUUUAAAGGUUCAGUUUGCACCUCCUAAAAAAGAAUGCAAGUUUGAAAUAGCUUUAUUAGUUGAUCCUUUCAUCAAGAAUCAAGAAGAAUGUAUGAAUUAUGACUUUGAUAAAGUGGUUGACAUUAAAUCGAAUAUACAUACUGGGGACAGAAGUGUAUGUUUUUUUAAGAACACUAAUCAAUCAGCAUUUGUAAGCAAUGCUAAAUCAACAGUCCAGUUAUAUAAGGAUAAUAUCUGGCUAUGGUUUAGAUAUAUCUUUACAGGAUGCUAUGCAUUGCGGUAUCGCAUAAAUAAUCAGAAAUAUAUAAUAGGGCAGUCUAUAUUUUUGAACACUACUUAUCAACGAACGGAAGUUCAAGAACCACAAGUCAUUUGUAAAUAUAAAGAUGUAGAUACGAGGCAAUCUGAUUCUGAGAAAAAACAAGUUGUAAAAAAUUUCACAUUAGAUAUUUUUCUACCAGCAAAUACGGGAGACAUCCUUCGUCUAGGAUUGAUAUCACCGCGAAAUAAAGACUUACAACAAAAAUGUAUUUGGCAAGGAGAACCGAUAUUAUACUCGUGGACAAUAAGACUGAAGAUAGUAGUUCCGUAUGACGAACUAAAGGAUCAACAUUGUAAUGUAAAAUUGGAAAAGCCAACGGCAAAUGGAAAAUAUAUAAAAAGAGUUCGUUGUAACUUUCAAAUAGAAACACAAACUGAAGGUCAUUGUUUUCGAUAUCUCCUGAGUGAUAAUCGAUGUCAGUCAGAUACUAUAUGGAAGCCAGAAUGUUUCAGAUAUUAUAGAGAAGAUGGAAUAUUACAUGAAGUGCCAUGUUUAUGGAUACAGCGUUGCACAAAAUUUUAUGAGCUACAGGAUGUGAUCGUAUCGAGACAAAUGAAAUCAGAUGUGAUGCCGAGUGCAAGUUGGUACCUAUUGUUGCCAAUUAUUGCUAUUGUGUUAAUUGUAUCGGCAGUAAUUGGAAUAUUAUGUUUCUGGCAUUACUCGUGUAUUCGAAGGGAAGAAAUCAAUUUGUAUAUAAAUCCACAGCACGAUGAUUCUGAUUGUCCCAAAUCCAUCGAUUUCGAUAUUAUUGACAAUGUCAUUGAGAAAACAAUCGAUCAUGGUAAUUCUUCGUGCGAUGAUAUUGUUCUUCUUUACACCAAUCAUUCGACAUCUUUUAUGACGUUGAUGAAAGAUUUUCGUGAAACACUCACCAAAAUAUGCUCUUGUUCUGUGCACGACUGGCAUAAUGGAACUGUAUGGAACGAAGUGGCUAGGGUUGGUACUGUUUCAUGGUUUAUUAAAUUAUUUGACAAUGGCUGCCGCGUCAUUUGGGUAGAUACACCAUUUACGAGAAGUGUCAUUAUAUCAAACGCGAGAGAUAAUGAAUUAAGCUCAGAUAAGCUCAGGAAAUACUAUGAAAUACACGAUUUCCGCGAUAUAUCAUUUCGAGCUGUGCUUGAAGUAGCAAAAAGCAAAGUAAAUGACGAAGUCGCGCGUCAGUAUCGCAGACAUUUUGUCGUAAGAUUUGAAGGAUUAGAAAGCACAACAAACGUGAAUGAUCCAUUCUUGGAUCUCUCUCCUCAUGCGCGAUAUUACAUGCCACAGCAUCUCGUGCAAUUAUGUUCGGAUUUGUCGAUGGUGAAAUCGGAAAUUUCUAAAGAUAAGAUAAAAUAAAAAUAUUUUUCUAAAAUAAAGAUGCAAGAAGAUUUUCAUCGUAUUUUCGAUAUACCAACUUUACAAGUUUCAGACGCGGCAUCUGAAAUAAGAGUGAAAUGAACAAUAUGAAAUAACCAUAAAUUAUUUUAAGCUUCCAGCUUUAACCCAAAUCCACGACACAUAACGAGAUCUUAUUCGUGUUUUUUUUUUAAUGUAAAAUGUAA